CGCACUUCUAUCGAACAACACUCAUCAGCUUGUGAGUGACUCCCCAUGAGCCUUGAAUCUUGCGUGACGACUUGGCUCCACCAUUCAUUGCCAAUGUGCUUUUCGGAUACAGUAGGACUUGCGGGUACAAUAGGACUGGCUGAACCGAACGGAGCUCUGUAGCAGUGAAGUAUGAGUCGAGUCACACAUUCCGAUUCCUUCAGAAUGUUCGCGGCGUGAGAGAGACGUGAAGGAAAGAAUCAGUCAGCCAGAUCGUCCCCAAGCUACCAAGCCCGCCUGGCCAUGCAUUGACUCAGACCCCUGGAUUCACCCGCGACCAAGAAGACUUCAUUAGAUGCAAGCUUUCACGACACUAUUUAGUGUGCUGCAUUCGGUCCUCGACUUCCAAGCUGUGAGAUUCCUCGGUCUCAGUCGCAUGUGGGGGUACUUCCUGACAAUGCCGCACACGAGUUACUGAGGAAAAUCGGCGCGGCCAAAUUAGAGGACUAGCGGAGCAUCUUGCUGAGAAGAAAGCAUGAAGUGUGAACGAGAACGAGGCCAAUCGAAGCCUGGAAAUGUGUGGCUCGCUGAAGGAACAGCUGAAGGAAC